UUUUAUUUUAGAUUCUUACAUAUUUAGACAAAAAGAACAAUAAAAUAAAUUACAUCGAGCAGUUAUAAUUUAAUAUAGCAAUAAUACGUGAAAAGAAAAGAUAGAGCAAAGUUAAAAUAGUCAUCGUAUUUUUUGUGGGGCAACAAAGGUAUUUCAGUUGCCACGCCUAUUGGGGAUUAUCCCCUUUCUCUCCCCUCCUUAUACAGAUAUACAGUAACGUUUCCUGUACAGUCGGUGCAAUAUCUUUGUUUCAUAUUUCGAUGAAGUUACAAUUAAAUCGUCUGAAUUGUUAAUUAUGAAUUUACGCAAACAGAAAAGUGAUGGUGAUUAAGUAUAAGACUUUUAAGUACAAUAACCUAUUCUCCGUUUUGUUCAUCAUACACGCUUUCGGUAUGGUUGUGAUAUCGCGUUCUGUCACAUUACGGCGCUUGUUCGUCUAAAAUUUAGUUUCGGAUUGUUCUUCAUAAUAGUUGAAAACGCCACGCAAUCAAAGACUUCUUCUUCCCGUUAAAUUGUAUUAUAACAAAAAAAUGUCUACCGAAAGCGUAAAAACGUUUGCUAGCCUCGAGACUCCUGGAUAUGUAGGAUUUGCAAAUUUACCUAAUCAGGUACAUAGAAAAUCAGUAAAAAAAGGAUUUGAAUUUACUUUGAUGGUUGUUGGAGAAUCAGGUCUUGGAAAAUCCACAUUAGUAAAUAGUUUGUUCCUUACCGAUUUAUAUCCAGAACGUGUUAUUCCUGAUGCAAUAGAAAAAACUAAUCAAACUGUGAAACUUGAUGCUUCUACUGUGGAGAUUGAAGAAAGAGGUGUCAAACUUAGGUUGACUGUUGUUGAUACCCCUGGUUAUGGAGAUGCAAUUGAUAAUACAGACAGUUUUAGAGCUAUUAUACAAUAUAUAGAUGAUCAGUUUGAAAGAUUUUUACGAGAUGAAAGUGGUUUAAAUAGAAGAAAUAUAGUAGAUAACAGAAUACAUUGUUGCUUCUAUUUUAUUUCUCCAUUUGGGCAUGGAUUGAAACCUUUGGAUAUAGAAUUCAUGAAACAACUACAUAAUAAGGUUAAUAUCGUGCCAGUAAUUGCAAAGGCUGAUGUACUUACAAAAAAAGAAGUACUUCGGUUAAAAAAACGAGUUAUGGAAGAAAUUGAAGGCAGUGGUAUAAAAAUCUAUCCUUUACCAGAUUGUGAUAGCGACGAAGAUGAAGAUUAUAAAGAGCAAGUUAGACAGUUGAAAGAAGCUGUUCCAUUUGCAGUAUGUGGAGCAAAUACAUUGCUAGAAGUAAAAGGACGAAAAGUCCGCGGACGAUUGUAUCCAUGGGGUGUGGUAGAAGUUGAAAAUCCUGAUCAUUGUGAUUUUAUAAAGCUAAGAACAAUGUUAAUCACCCACAUGCAGGAUUUACAAGAAGUAACGCAAGAGGUGCACUAUGAAAAUUAUCGCAGUGAAAGAUUAGCAAAAGGAGCUCCCGUACCCCCUCGCAGACAAACUAUAGUGGAAUCUGAAAAAUCUAAUACAGUAUCAGAAAAAGAUCGUAUUUUGCAAGAAAAGGAAGCAGAAUUACGACGUAUGCAAGAACUUUUAGCAGUAAUGCAGGCGCAAAUGCAACAACAGCAACCUUAAUUAAAUAUGAUUUAUGCACAAAUGCGUGAAAAGACUCGAAUUCUUCGCCAUUGCAGGUGCCAAGAAGAUAUAUUAAUUGUUUCAUAUGAUAUUCAUAUAUAAUUUUGAAAACAGUGCAUAAUCCGUAAGAAUUUUUUUCUGACGAACGUAUUUAUCGAAGAUACGUUCUUUUACUCAGUAUUUUUUUGUUAAUCAAAUCAUAAAUAAUAUUGUUCAUAUUAUAGUGUCUUAAAAGAAUCAAAGAAUAAGACGACAAAUUAAAAGUACAGGAAACGAUACAUAAUAUAAAAUGACGAUAGUUUGACAAACAAUAUUAAUGUAUGAUCAUAUAACAUAGAAACGUUCGAUAAGUGCCUUGCGUAUUCCUUUUUAAUAGAACAAUUUACAACUUUCAUUAUUAAAAUACAAUUAUCAAACAUGAUAACCAUUUUAUAAAAACAAAUAUAUGUAACAAAUUGUUAUAAAUAUUAUAUAUUUCUUAACAAAUAUAGUACAAUUCGUAUUUGGUAAAUCAUUGUGGUAGUUACAUUAUACUCGCAUAAAACGAAUGUGUUACAAAAUAUGCACAAUCUCUUAAAUAUUGUAUUAACUAGCAUUAUAUGAAAAAUUUCAUAUCAAAUUAAACUAGGAGUGUAGAACCUAAAAAUAUUUCAUCUAAUUGAAAAAUCUAUAGAUACAUAUAGUAACUAUAGUAUGUGUACUUUGCAAGCCAUAUCUUCCAAUGUUCCACGUAUAUUUUUUUAAGUGAAACAAAAAGACAUUAAGACUGUUUCAAAUCAAACUGCCACUUAAUCACUCAGAAUACAUGUGAUAGGCAGUGUUGCAUACAAAAUAAUUUUUGCAAUAUUUAAAGUAUUAUUUUUUAUUUUGAAACAGCAUGUAUUUUAUUUUUACUUAACAUUAAAUAAUAUUAGUCGUUUAUAUCACUUCACGAUUUAUGUCAUAAAAAUGUAGGUAAUACGAAAAAUACAUUACUUUUAAAGAAUGGAAAGGUGUGUGGAGACAUUUAAGUAAUGUAAGCAAAGCAAAUAUGAGUGUAUUAUGUGAAUUUAUUUUACUUCUUAACUAUUGUACUUAUUUAUAUGCAUUUUUGUAUUAAGAACAUUUUCGUACUUUUGUAUGUAUUUUCCUCGAAAUACACUAAGCGUACGUUUUA